AUGGCAUCCACAGGUGGCUCUACCCCUGGACCCCAGUGGGGGCCCAUGUGGCCCCCACUGCCCCAGCAUGGGCUAAAAAAAUGCACAGUGUCUCAGUUAAAGAUAUGGAGAUGUUUAGGAAAACGAAAGGCAUGUUUGAUACCUCGCUUUCUGAAGGAACGCGUGGAAUGUGAAGAGCCUGAUGGAGAGGUUAAACAGAAAUUUAAAGUUUGUCAGUCUUGUGCAGCAAAAGGGUCUGUCUACCAUGACCUUCACCAUUACAAGCAGCAGCUGAAGGAAAACUGCUCUGAACAGUUAGAAAAGGUGCAACAAAUGGCAGGUACUGAAACACCUGAAGGAAUCAUCAAAAAAUGUCUCGAUGAUGAAAGGUGGCUGGAUAGGGUGAGGCAAAUUGUUUUUCUUCUUUGAAGUCAAGUCAUCUAUCCCUCUCUUUUUUUAUAAAUAUACCUUAAUCCACUCAACCUCUGCU